GCUUACGCGUUUCUCCGGUGAGUUUGCGGGGAGCGUGCGCGUCUACUGCUCAGUGGAGCGGCGGGUGUCCUAGCAGUCAGCGCUCUGCACCGCGAAACCUCAGCGAUUUUCACGUUCACAGCCGCCAACACCGCCGGCGACUAUCUGAACCGGUCGUGGGCCUCCCCUUAGGUCGACUCAGCCUCAAAUUAGUAGCUUUGCGUGGUGUGUAGUCAACAUCGUCACUCGGCAAAAAGGCGGCCGGGCGCGGUGCUGACCACCCACCCCGCUCGUGUUCCCUGCCGGCCUAAUAACACUUGUCCCCAACAGUGGAAGGAUCUUUGUCUUCGUGUCUUCUACCAGCGGACGACGCUGACAGGCUCGCGGUCAACAGAAGUCUCGACGAACUGAGCGCGGGGGUCAUGGCGCGCGUGUGGAUUCUCCUCUGUCUCUGUUGUGGGGUGUCAAAGUGGUGGGGUGCGCAAGGAUCUCCCUCCUCUGCCAUCAGACGACGCAGAGGCUGGGGGACCCCUCCCAUCACCGUCACCGAGGGCGAUGGACAAGGAGUGCCCAGAUACCUCAGAUUCGUCAUCUCGGACAUCUCAAAGCUCAUGGAAGUGACGUACGUGAUGACGGGGGAGGGGGUCGACCAACCCCCACUCGGGGUCUUCUCGAUGGACCCUAAAUUCGGACGCAUUUACCAGCAGAAGGUGGUGGACCGUGAGGAGAUCCCCACUUACACCCUGAAGGUGCAGGCCUACGAUGAGCAGGGCAACGCACUGGAGACCCCGUUCGACCUCGUCAUCCACGUGAAGGACAUCAACGACAACGCGCCGCAGUUCUCGCGCGCCACAUACCCGGCCAGCGUCACCGAGGGCGCCGCCAAGGGUACAUUCGUAGUGCAGGUGAUGGCAUCGGACCGGGACGAGCCCGGAACCCCGGCCACUGCGCUAGUCUUCCGCCUCAUAUCCCAGCACCCGCAGGGGACCGACUUCAGGGUCAACCCCGCGGACGGUGUCAUCCGCACCAAUUCCCAGCUCGACCGCGAGACGGUGGAGUACUACGCGCUGGUCAUGGAGGUGGCCGACAACAACGGAGAUGGAAGCGGAUGGUCCAGCACGGCCACCGUCUCCAUCACUGUGGCUGACAUCAACGACAAUGCCCCCAAGGUCGUGGCCAAAGAGCUGUCCGGGGAGGUGGAUGAGAACACGAAGGAGGUGGUGGUGGGGCGCGUGCGCGUGUCGGACGCCGACAAGGUGAACACGAGCGCGUGGCGAGGGCGCUACACCAUCGUGCGGGGCAAUGAAGGAGGCCAGUUCCGCGUGGACACCGACCCCGUCACCAACGAGGGCGUCAUCACGCUCAUCAAGCCACUGGACUUUGAGAAGGUGAGCUCGCUCAAGCUGGCCGUGCUCGCCGAGAACGAGGUCCCGUUCGUGGGGCCCCCCCCAGACUCGGCCACGAUCGCCUCCUCCAUGGCCAAGUUCACGCUGCGUGUGCGCGACGUGGACGAACGACCCGUGCUCACGGCGCGUCACUUGGACGCGAAGAUGCUGGAGGGCGUCAGCUCGGGGGGCGCGAUUGCCACGAUGCACGCCGUGGCCUUCGCGCGACCUGAUGGUCCGGCGCAGAGCGACAUCAGGUAUGGCGUGCUGUCUGACCCGGCAGGAUGGCUCAUUAUCGACCCAAAGACCGGCGCCAUCACCACAAAGCGUCCACCCGAUCGCGAAUCGCCCUUCGUGGUCAACAACACCUACAUGGCCACCUUCAUAGCAGUCGACCCAGAUUCCCCUGGAGGCACGAGCACAAGCACCCUGACCAUUCAACUAGACGACGCAAAUGACAACCCCCCUGCAUUGGUACAGCCUGCCGUGGCCCUGUGUGACACGGGGCCCAACUAUGUCAAGGUCACGGCCAACGACUCGGACUCAGACGCCAACGGAGCUCCGUUCACGUUCGAGAUCCCAACGGAGGCUCAGGAGACCUGGGCCAUCACCGAGACUGAUGGCGUGUCGGCGAUUGUGAAGUACCGUGGAGGCCCCAGAAUACCACGUGGCCUCCACUCGGUGCCCGUGCACGUGUCGGACCGGGCCGGCCUCGGGGCCACGCGGACCCUCAACGUCUCCGUGUGCCCAUGCGGCACCAGCGGUCAUCCCGAACCGGACUGCGUCGUUGCGGCCGGGGAGGCUGGGAAAGCCUUGGGCAGCCACCUCUCAGACGGCGCCAUCGCUGGGAUCCUGGCCGGGCUUCUGGGGCUGCUCUUGGCUGCAAUCCUGUUGCUCUGCUGUUGCUGUAAGCGUGGGAAGAGCGCCAAGUCGGUCCUCUACUCGCUGGUGGACGCCCCCCACAGCUCGCUGUCCACCUGGACCAAGGGCGAAGAGGUGGACAAGGUUCCGAUCGCAGGGGCAGUGGCGGCGACGUCGCUAAAUGCGCCCAACGGGACCCAGGUUGCAAUGGCUGCAGGGUCCAGAGCCGCCGUCCAAGAGUCGCGCUUCGUUUCCGAAACCAAAACGUUCACGGCGGCAAAUGAAGCUCGCGCGGCACACGGGUCAUCUGCGGCAGCGGCGGCCAUGGCAAAUGGAGGCGCAGCCAUGAGAACGGAGGGCACCGCCAUCGGGCUGGGAAGCGCCGCUCACCUCACCGCCGCCGCCGCCGCUACGAACGACGGAGCUCAGAGAUUGGGGGGCUGGGCCGGCGCGCUCGGCGGGACAGGGGCCGCUGUGGGAGGCAUGACGGCUCUACUGGGGGGCGACGGUGCAGCCCUGGAAUCGUGGCCGAUAACCACACUGGGCUCCUCGGGGUUCCGCGCAGGAGUCGCGACUUUGAGCCAAGAGAACAGAGGGUGGGUGGACAACGAGCACUCCGAGUUUGCGUCUAUGGGCCUCGCCUCGGAGGGGAUCCUCGCCUCCGCUGUAGAUCGUCGCGAUGGCGCGUUCGCCGGUGCCUCGAGGGACAGCCAGAUCUACAGCUUCAUGGCCGAGAGCCUGCGGAUUAUGGACUCGGACUCCAGUAACGCCGCCGCGGACUCGCUGCUCAUCUACAGCAAGGAGGGCCAGGGAGGGUCGCUGCUGUCCCUCUCCUGCAGCGAAAUUCUGCCCCGACAAGAGCCUCUGUGACCCCCCGAGCCGCCCCGUUUUUUUCACGCGAGCGGUUCAAGAUGGUCGCAGUUAAAUGUCACGUCUGCGUCUUGUUCGGGUAUGGCCGUCCGCAACUUUCUAUUUUUUUUAUAUAUAUUAAAAAAAAGCUUUUAUUCUCAUUCAAGAAAGGCAGAAUACAAAGUAGAUUUUAAUAAAAGGGGGGAAGGGAAAAAAAACCCACCAGGCAACGCGAAACAAACACAGGCAAUACAUUCCCGAUCGAUUGGGAUGUGUCCGGGCUCGCUGCCCCACCGCGAUUAGCACGGUUGGCUACAUUCCGUUCAAGAAGUUCAACAUACAUACGUCCGUAGGGGUAACGGUCGGGAGCAGUGUAUUUAAGGAGGAAGGGGGUGACGAUGGAAGAAGGGAGAAGGAAAUAAUUUAACUCCGUUUGCCACUUUUUAAAAACGUUAAUGUUGUGUAUUUUUUUAGAUCCCUGUUCACACCACUCCUCGGUUUAUAUUGGUUGCGUCGACGGCAAUCGUUGCAUGGAUGAAGAAUCCACUCCGAAAGAGGGCAUCUAAAAAAAAAUAGGGCCUAAAGGCCAAAACAUCAAGCGGCCAUCAACAAACAGCACCUUCAAGGUUCAUCUUUUUGGUUCUUUCGGUAAAGUCACGUAGAAGGAAAACAAUACGUGACUUUAUCGAAAGAACCAAGAAGAUGAAUCCCUGCAGUCACGAAAGCUUUAAAUCGAAAUUUUAUUAUGUUUUCUUUUUAUUAUUUUAUUAUUUCCCUUCUACGUGACUUUAUCGAUAGAACCAAGAAGCUGAAUCCCUGCUGCAGUCACGAAAGCUUUAAAUCGAAACCUUCAAGGUCUUGCAUUGAGCCAAGGUUAUUUCAAGAGGUUGGAGAAAAUCUAGAUUGAAAGUCAAGAUUAAACCUAGAUUGAAAACUCAUUUCUCUAGAACUGCUUUUUGUGUUUAGUCUGUUGUCAUUCCACCACGCACCUCCGAUUAGCACAGUUGACUACGUACGGUGCGAAAGAAGUUCAACAUAGCUAAAGGACUAAACUUUGCAGUCACACCUAGACACAUACCAGUUAAUGAUAUCAUUGCCCAAGUAGAUGUGGCUCUCAAGGGCCUGGGUCACUUCGCUGCAGACGGAGCAAGAUCUGAAAUCGCUGCAACCCUCAAAAACGCUAAGAUGCCAGCUAGCAACAUCAGCAAAGAUGAGCGUUUUGAAUGAGCUCAAUUAAAACAGAGGGAUGACAAGUUCAACAUACCUAGAUACAUACUCUUUGGUUCUUUCGGUAAAGUCACGUAGGUAGACAUAAAAUAAAACAAAUCACGAUGUUUCGAUCGUAACACAAGCAAUCCUCAUCAGGUGGAACAACCACAGCAAGAAAAAUGCUGAAGUAGGCAAGAUAGCUGCCACGGCAAUAGAUUAUAUAGGUAAGAAAGGGGGAGACAA